CAGCUCUCCAAACAUGUGACCUCCUUGCACGCUGCGACCCUAAAAAGUGGGUUUCCCAGGACAGUAAUGGGGAACAGCAGCCGUCCACCUUCCACACCCGGAUCCUGUAACACAGUGGGGAGGAAGGUUUGAACAUGGAGGCCCACACAGGAGCUGAACCUUCAACUGCUGAUGAGAAAAUAACGUUUUUGUUUUGUUGUUGUGUGAAAACGUGCAGAGCACUAAUCAAGACCGUGUGACAGGACUUCUAAAAAUAGACCUUAACUCCCCGUGAAAACGUCCAUUAAUCCCAGAUCCACUGAGCCAGACUGUUCCUGUUGAAACCGUGAGAAGAAUUUCAUAGAUGGUGAUGCAAUGAGCUCAAUCGGACAGCAGGUGGCAGUAGUUCAACGGAGCUCCUACAGAUCAGUGGACUUGCAUGCUGACCCCUCCCCCCCACACCCUCAUGGUCGGCAGGUGUCCUCAUGAGGGAGCUGAAGGUCGGGUAUUUGUCAGAGACGUGGAGUGGAACAUAUGUAAAGCCAGUCACAAACCUAAUAGCAGGCAAGAUGGCCGACCUCAUUCCUCUAGACCGGAUCCUCGGUCCGUCUCUUCUGCAACGGAAUGGGCUCAAACAAGGAGGAAAAUGGUUGAAAACGAUGGUCCGACUGCUGCACCACAGAUGGACCUUCGUCUGCAGAAAAGCUGAAUAAAGCCAUUUCAAACAAGUCACCUCCAACCUAUUGUUGCCACUGUAGUAUUGAAUGAAUGUUUAUUUCCGUCCCACAUCGAACAACUCUGCCAUCAUCAACUGGAUCUGAAGGAGUGAAAAGGUGCAGAGAGAAGAACAGUUCUCAGGACAACAGUCAGCUUUGACCUCCAGACUCCUAGGACGCUAUAGAGCAACACAUCUAUUGCUUCCCCAGCUGGACCUUGAUGUUGCUGAAGUCUGGCUGCACGUCAUAGGGCUUCUGCCAGGUGGAUCCAGGAGAUGAGGACUCGUAACAAUACAGAGGUGCCAGCAUAUGUGGGGGACGGCCCUGACCAGGACCUGUGACUGCAUGACAUCUGGCCGCCCUGCAAGUCGCUGCGUGCGUGUUCACAGCUGCAUUUAUUCCCAGUCACCUCCUCAAUCAUCAAGAGAAAUUAUGUUCUGUUAUCGUGCACUAUUGUGGUCCAGCUCGGCUACUUUGGGCUUCCAGGUCCAGAGAUGGACGGAGAUUCGCCAUGCAGGACCCGGUUUAGAGGAGUGAGGUUGACCAUCUAGAUUCUCUUGCUGUAGACACAUGCCUUAAACGGCCUCAAUGGCAGCAAGGAUAGCUAUGUAGUAGGAGGUUGUGGGUUCAAAUCCCGCUCAUGAAUCCACUGUACAUUGCUUUGGGUGAGGGAGCCUGUUGCAGGUCUUCUGUUAUAUGAUCGAUCAGUGUGGUGAUUUGGCGCUGUAAAGCUGGAACUGUGGCCUGCAGAGGUUCAGCUGAGGUGGUCGGGGUGUGUAGGGGGGCUGCUCCUUGGAACGCCCCUGCAGACGGUGUGCACAGAUGUGGGAACACGUGGUCUAUCCUUACACACGCACAACUUCCUCUCAUGUUUGGAUUUCUGCAGGUCCUCAGUCACUCCGCUUGCUGCAGCGCUCCGGACCGGCUCGCAGAGCGGAGCCUGGGUCCAGCUGGAGGAUUUUCCUCAGCUCUGAACUGCCGCUUGUUUUCAGUGAUGCUUUCUUGCUGAGUGUGUUUUCGGAGGUGACGUGUGGCUGCUCCUCACUGAGCUGGACUGUGGGAUGAGGGCAAAGUGAGGAGAUCUGUGGAGGCAGCAAUGUUCUGGAUGCAACUGUAACUUGUCAGCAGAGGACUCUUCCUGAUCAAGAUGAAAGACGAUUAUUCCGAAGAAGAGGACGUGCAGUCCUUCGGAUACAAGAGGUUUGGGAUCCAGGAAGGAUCGGAGUGCACCAGGUGUAAGAACGACUGGGCGCUGAGGGCGUCCAUCGUGCUGCUCUACGUGCUCUGUGCGCUGCUCACCAUCGCCGUGGCUGUGCUGGGCUUCAAAGUGGUGCAGAGGAUGGACAGUGUCACCGAGGGACUGCAAAACUACGGAGGCAAGAUCAGCUCGGUGGAGUCGGACCUGAAGAAACUGGACCAUCAGACUGGAGAAACAUCUGUGAACGCCUCCAGCGAAAUCAGGAACUUCAAAUCCAACUUGGAGGCUUUGCAGAGCAGACUGAACGACAUCGCAGUCAGAGCCACGACAAACAGAGACAUUCUGGACAAAUUUAAGCUCACAGGGGACGACGUGGAGAACGGACACACGUCCCUGCGCAGCUUUCUGACCGGCAACAGCGCCUCACUGCGGGCGAUCAACCAAACGCUGGUCUCCCACGGCGGCUUGAUUGACGACCUCCAGACGGACACUGCGAGGCUCCAGUCAGAGCUCCAGGGACAGGUCAAAGUUCAGGGCCAGACGCUGGUUGGCAUCAGCGCACUGAACAUCAGCCAGUUCCAGCAGAGGAACCUGCUCAGCAGCCUGCAGAAGACGGUGGAAGACACGGGACAGGCCGUGCAGAAGCUGCGGAACGACUUCCAGGGCCUGCAGCAGACGGCCAGACAGACCCAGGCCGACUCGGACUGGCUCAAAGAAAAGGUCCAGAACCUUCAGGUUUUGGCGGCCAACAACUCAGCUUCAGCCCGGGCCAAUGGAGAAGCUCUGGAUGACCUGGGCUCUCAGCUCAGCACGCUGGCCAGCCAGAUCCAGAACACCUCCUCUCUCACUGAGGGACACGACCGGAACCUGCGAGAACUUAUGGACCACCAGAGGGACCACGAUAACGCCACCUCUUCUCGGUUCGAUGAGCUGGAAGCCCGACUGGACCGGCAGGAGAACGACAUGGACCGUGUGACGGGAAACGUGACCUUCUCCGCUCAGCUCCUGGGAGCCAUCAGCUCUGACCUCAACGGCCUGAGGUCCUGUGCCGAGACGGUGAUUCGGCAUUCGGAUCUGUUGGUGGGCCUGAACGGAAGCGUGGCCGAGACCCAAGCUGACAGCAGGGAGCUGCGGGCGCAGCAGGAUGAUCUGGCCUCGCGGCUGGACAAGGAGGUCAGCAGCCUCUCAGUGGUGAUGGAGGAGAUGAAGCUGGUGGACAGCAAACACUCGCAGCUCAUCACCAACUUCACCAUCCUGCAGGGACCACCAGGUCCAAAGGGGGCCAGGGGUGACAGAGGCUCUCCGGGCCCGGUGGGCCAGUCCGGUCAGAAGGGGGACAAGGGGGACAAAGGGGUACCAGGGUUGGUGGGACAGAAAGGAGAAAGGGGCCCUAGUGGUAUACCAGGCCCGGCCGGUCCAAAGGGCGCGGCUGGAGUUCGAGGACUCCCGGGAGCAAAGGGCUCAAGAGGAUCUGGGGGUAGGCCUGGAACUCCUGGUGAGAAAGGUGACCGUGGAGCUCCAGGGCUUCCAGGGAGGGACGGUCAGCCAGGAAUGACUGGCCCACCUGGACCCCAGGGUUUCCGUGGAGAAACGGGACUUGCCGGACUGGAGGGUCCACGUGGGCCGGUCGGCCCCAUCGGGCCUCCUGGUCCACCAGGGCUGCCAGGGCUGCCGGCGGUUCUACCCCCUCCUCGGGCCUCCCAAUCGCCAGAGCCUCCCAAACCUUCUCAGUCCUCCAAACCAGCAGCGAGUCCAGAAGGAUCCGCAUCCAAGCAGGUGCAGCCCACCGUCGCCACCACCUCCACGCCAGGAUGUCCUGCUGAGUUCAGGAGAUUUGGAGACAGCUGCUACUACUUCUCCUCAGGCUCUCAGAGGCUCAACUUUGAUGAGGCGUUUGAGUUCUGCACCAACCUGACAUCCACCAUGCUCAUCAUCAAAGACAGCGAGGAGCAGCAAUUCAUCAGGAAUGCCAUCGCAGGGAAAGGCUAUUUCUGGCUGGGCCUCACGGACCGGGAGGAGGAGAACGUCUGGAAGUGGGUGGACGGAACCAAGCCGGUCUUCAAGAAGUGGAAACCGGGUCAGCCCGAUAACUGGACUCACGGCCAUGAGGACGGCGAGGACUGCGCCGGACUUAUCCACGAAGCCAACUGGAACGAUUUCUACUGCACGGAUCGAAUCGGCUUCAUCUGUGAACGCGCCUCUGCAAAGGUUCCAGCGUCCGAAGGAGCGACUGUGAAGCGGAGCCGCUACGUUCCGUUUGUUGUUGUCCAAGCAACAGAGAUGCCACUCUUCGCCACCAACCCGUUUGACCAGGAUGUCGAGAAAGCCACCAGUGAGAUGAACACAGCCGAAGACUGGGGCCUCAUUCUGGACAUAUGUGAUAAGAUCGGACAGUCACGCACGGGGCCGAAAGAAUGUCUCCGCUCCAUCAUGAGAAGAGUGAACCACAAAGAUCCUCAUGUGGCCAUGCAGGCGCUGACGCUCCUGGGUGCCUGUGUGUCAAACUGCGGGAAGAUCUUCCACCUGGAGGUUUGCUCCAGAGAGUUUGCCAGUGAAGUCAGCAACGUCCUCAACAAGGGACACCCCAAAGUGUGCGAGAAGCUCAAGGCUCUGAUGGUGGAGUGGGCGGAGGACUUCCGCAACGAUCCCCAGCUCAGCUUGAUCUCCGCUAUGAUCAAGAACCUCCGCGAGCAGGGUGUGUCUUUCCCUGCUGUGGGCUCCCAGGCUGCUGAGCAGGCCAAAGCCAGUCCAGCUUUAGUGGCCAAGGAUCCUGCCACUUCCUCCAACAAGAAAGAGGAGGAAGACCUUGCCAAAGCUAUCGAACUGUCGCUGAAGGAGCAGCGGCACCAGCCCCAGUCCUUGUCCAGCCUGUACCCCAACACCUCCAGCCUUCUCUCCACACACAAGUCGGACGGCAGGAAAGUCCGUGCCAUCUACGACUUCGAGGCUGCUGAGGACAACGAGCUCACCUUCAAAUCAGGGGAAAUCAUCACCAUUAUUGACGACAGCGAUCCCAACUGGUGGAAAGGUGAAACCUACCAGGGCACCGGUCUCUUCCCCUCUAACUUCGUCACUGCUGAUCUGACUGCCGAGCCUGAGAUGAUGAAGACUGAGAAGAAGUCGGUCCAGUUCAGUGAAGAAGUCCAGGUGGAGACGAUCGAGCCGGAGCAAGAGCCUGUUUACAUCGAUGAGGAGAAGAUGGACCAUCUCCUGCAGAUGAUCCAGAGCGCAGAUCCAACAGACAACCAGUCGGACAGUGUGGAGUUGAUACAGCUGGAAGGUGCUUGUAAUCAGAUGGGGCCGCUCAUUGACCAGAAGUUAGAAGAUAUCGACAGGAAACACUCUGAGUUGUCGGAGCUGAACGUGAAGGUGAUGGAAGCUCUGUCUCUGUACGCCAAGCUGAUGAACGAAGACCCAGUCUACGCCAUGUACGCCAAACUGCAGAGUCAGCAGUACUACAUGCAGCAGCCGGCGGGUGCCGUGCAGCAGCAGCAGGUCUACCCGGGCCAGCCCACCUCGGGGUCCUACGUCAUGAGCGGAGCGGCGGUUCAGGGGUACAGUGUCCCGAUGGAGCAGCUCCAGGCUGGAACCCCUAUUCCUGGCCAGCAGGCCCCAAGCGACGUCCGCAUGUACAUGGGUCAGCCGCCCGUCUACAGCGCCGCCCCGGGCGGCAUGGCUCCCCCCGACGCUCAUUCCUACCAGAGCGCAGUUCCUGGUGCCGCUCCAGCUGGCGUGACUCAGACUCCGAGCUACAGCGCCCCCUCUGGUCAGAGCAUAGCACCUUCUUCAGACGGCCCUCAGGCCCCCUACUCAGAAAAGGCCUUACUAUAGGACGCACUGCUGUGGCAGCUGACGCGCUCAGUCCAAGGUGAUUAUUUAAAUCUCUCUUAAUACCUCUUAGUUUCUUUUAUGGUUUAACACUCAUCAUUCCGAUCACGGCCUGAGACUUAAUCGCCAUCGAUCGUGAGGUUUGGAACUGUGCAGCUUCAUGUUGCAUUUUUCCCCCAAAAUUUUCUGCUCUAGAUCAAAACUACUACACAUUAAUGGUAACUUAAUAAACUCUAAUGAAGCCGAUCGAUGAGACUUUAAUAUUUGGCUCGGAUCACAUGACUCGGCGAGACGCUGAGACGACACUACAGAACUGCACACUAGCAUGGCAAGGCUGGCACCUCGCGCCCGAGCCGUUGGUAACUUCUCAAAGUACUGAAGACACUUUCUGU